AUGGUCACUCCUGUAUAUGUGGUUUACUAUGUCUGUGCUGUGCUUGUGAUCAUAACGACUGUGUUUGGCAACCUGCUGGUUAUCAUAUCUGUGUGUCACUUCAGGCAGCUGCACACACCGACUAACGUGCUGCUGCUGUCCCUGGCCGUGGCCGAUCUCCUGGUGGGACUGUUUGUCAUGCCGCUGGAGUUUACGUGGUUGAUAGAGUCGUGCUGGGUCUUUGACGUCUCCGUGUUUGCCUUUCUGUUUUUCUUUUCCUUCCAGCUGACGUGCGCGUCUGUCCACAACGUCGUCCUCAUCGCGGUGGACAGAUACCUGGCCCUGAGUAAUCCUUUCAUGUACACCAAACAGAUUACUGUCAAACUGUCCGUCAUCGUGGCCUUGUUGAACUGGUUGUUUGCUUCCUCUUACAACUUUACCCUUCUGUACUGCAACGGUUUCUUCACCCAUGCACUGACACUGUGUCCGAGUGAGCUCCCUAUCUUUAUGAAUGAAGUGUGGUCCUGGGUUGAUUUUGUCAUCGUGUUUGCAUUGCCCUGCUCCAUGAUGUUUGUGUUGUACUUGAAAAUCUUUGCCAUUGCUAGAAAGCAUGCCAUUGCCAUCAGGGCGGCCAACGCACAGGGCAAUCCAAACAAUAGGCAGGCUCACAAUGUCCCCAAACGCUCUGAAAGGAAAGCUGCCAAGGUGCUUGGAAUACUCGUGUGUGUGUUUCUGUGUUGUGUUGUGCCAUACUACGCAGCCAGUCUCUUGGCUGAGUUUGUAAGCGGGGAUAUAUUUGACUAUGUGUUGAACGGCACAUCAGUUAUGCUCUACUUGAACUCUUUAUUGAAUCCCAUAAUUUAUGCACUGUUUUACCCAUGGUUUCAGAAAAGCAUGAAAUUGAUUCUGAGGUGUCAUAUCUGCACUCCAGAAUCCUCUCUCGUUCAAUUGAAAUGA